AUGAGACGUGCCGGGGAACAACCAGACAUACCACAAAGUUUUGGUUUACUCCUAUCUAUCUAUCUAUCUAUCUAUCUAUCUAUCUAUCUAUCUAUCUAUCUAUCUAUCAUAGUAUCUUCGUGUUUCGUUAUCUUAGUUCUUGUUUAUCUAUCUAUCUAUCUAUCUAUCUAUCUAUCUAUCUAUCAUAGUAUAUUCUUGUUUCGUUAUCUAUCUUAUAGGUUCUUGUUUAUUUAUUUAUCUAUCUAUCUAUCUAUCUAUCUAUCUAUCUAUCUAUCUAUCAUAGUAUGUUCUUGUUUCUCUAUCUUAGUAUGUUCUUCUUUCGCUAUCUUAGUAUGUUAUUGUUCAUUUAUCUAUCUUAGUUGGUUCAUGUCUAUCUAUCUAUCUAUCUAUCUAUCUAUCUUAGCAGGUUCUCGUUUAUCUAUCUUAGUAGGUUCUUGGUUAUCGAUCUUAGUAGGUCCUUAUCUAUCUAUCUAUCUAUCUAUCUAUCUAUCUAUCUAUCUAUCUAUCUAUCUUAGCAGGUUCUCGUUUAUCUAUCUUAGUAGGUUCUUGGUUAUCGAUCUUAGUAGGUCCUUAUCUAUCUAUCUAUCUAUCUAUCUAUCUAAAAUAUUUUCGCCAUCACUGUAUACAUUUAAGAAUAAAACAAUAGCACCUGGCGCGAACACCGCCGACUAUACGGUUCUGUUCUAUUUCCGUCUGCAAACAUCGCGAAAUAUUUAUGAAUACGCGUCUUCAAAUAGUGCCGAUGUCUUCUGUCGAAGUUAA